GUUGUUUCAGACAGUCAACAACACACGUAACAAAUCACAAUGGACUUUGAAUUGGAACCUACUUUGGAAACAUUAAUCACUCAAGACACCUUAAAAUGGAUCUUUGUCGGUGGUAAAGGUGGUGUUGGUAAAACCACCACUUCUUCCUCAAUCGCGGUACAAUUGGCCUUGAACCAUCCAAACGACCAAUUCUUGUUGAUUUCUACCGAUCCAGCUCAUAAUUUAUCCGAUGCAUUCUGUCAAAAGUUUGGUAAGGAUGCUAGAAAAGUCGAAGGAUUGCCCAACUUGUCAUGUAUGGAAAUUGAUCCCGAAGCUGCCAUGAGCGAUUUACAGCAACAAGCCCAACAGUACAAUAACGAUCCAAACGAUCCAUUAAAGAGUAUGAUGAAUGAUAUGACUGGCUCCAUACCUGGUAUCGAUGAAGCUUUAUCUUUCAUGGAAGUGUUGAAGCAUAUCAAGAACCAAAAAGUUAAUGAAGACGACUCUAAGGAUAAGAUUUCCUAUAGAACUAUUAUUUUCGAUACUGCUCCAACUGGACACACAUUACGUUUCUUACAAUUGCCAUCAACUUUACAAAAGUUGUUAGGAAAGUUCCAACAAUUAUCCGGUAAGCUUGGUCCAAUGAUGAGCAUGUUGGGAGGAGGUGCCAACCAACAAGAUAUGUUUGCAAAGUUGAAUGAAGUUCAGAAGAAUGUUACUGAAGUUAAUGAACAAUUCACUAAUCCUGACUUGACUACAUUUGUCUGUGUUUGUAUUUCCGAGUUCCUUUCCUUGUAUGAAACUGAAAGAAUGAUUCAGGAAUUGAUGUCAUACCAAAUGGAUGUCAACUCAAUUGUCGUCAACCAAUUAUUGUUUGCUGAUGAUGAUGAAAGCCCAUGCUCCAGAUGUGUUAGUAGAUGGAAGAUGCAAAAGAAGUAUUUGGAUCAAAUGGCGGAAUUAUAUGAAGAUUACCAUUUAGUUAAGAUGCCUUUGUUAGGUACUGAAAUUAGAGGAGUGGAAAAUUUGACUAAAUUUUCGAAGUUCUUGUUGAAACCUUAUGAUCCAAAGGUUGACCGUGGAAUCAUUACUGAAAUGAAGGAACAAUAGUUAGAUUUGACCUUGUAUAAUAUAUAGACAAUAAUAAUGUAUGAAUACCAAAUU